ACGAACAAUGAUUAACGGGCCAAAAAUUAUUAUUGUUGGAGCAGGAGCCUCCGGCAUUGCUGCGGCGGCUAGAUUAUUAGAAAGGGGAAUAAAAAAUGUAACAAUUCUAGAAGGAAAAGAUCGAAUUGGUGGUAGAAUACACACGGUGGAAUUUUCUGACAAUGUUAUUGAACUAGGAGCACAAUGGGUUCAUGGUGAAAAAGGAAAUAUUGUCUCUGAUAUUGCAUCUCCACACAAACUGUUGGAUUCAACAAAAUGUUUUAGUGAUUUUAGUGCACAUAUCUUUGUUAAUGCAAAGGGUGAGAUUCUUCCACAGACAGAAACUACAGAAACAUUAAAAAUAUAUUAUGAUAUUUCUGAACAUCUAGAAGAUGACCUAAACAAUGCAGGUUCAUAUGGGGAGUAUUUUAUUAAACAAUUUUAUAAGAUUUUUGAAAAGAAUCCAUUUACUACCCGCGAUAGAGCCGAACAAUUGUUGGAUUGGAUGCAUAAAUUUGAUAAUUCAAUUCAAUGCAGUGAUUCCUGGUUCGAUGUUUCUGCAAAAGGAAUUACACAAUAUUGGACGUGUGAGGGAGAGUAUUUACUUAAUUGGAAAUACCAUGGCUAUAAAACACUGUUUGAUUUGUUAUCUAAACUUUCAAGUACUAAAGAUGUGCUACCCAUAAUGGAGAAAAUAGAAUUUAAUAAAGAUGUUUCUAAUAUUGACUACACAUCAAAGAAUAAUGUAACUAUAAAGACAAAGGAUGGCUCAAAGUACACAGCAUCCCAUGUUAUAUUUACUCCUUCUCUUGGAGUUCUGAAAGAGAAGCAUGAGACUAUGUUUACACCUAUUUUGCCUGGCAGAAAACAACAUGCAAUAAAGGGUUUGAACAUUGGAACUGUGAACAAAAUCUUCCUAGAAUUCCCACACAGAUGGUGGCAAGAAGAUUGUACUGCUUUCAGUUUAAUAUGGUCCAAAGAAGAUAAAAAAAAAUUUCUUGAAUCUCAUGGACAAGAACGUGAAUGGCUGUGCGAUGUUUUUGCAUUCAUUCCUGUAGACUAUCAGCCACGGGUGUUAUGUGCAUGGAUCUCUGGUAAAUAUGCAAAACAUAUAGAACUGCUUUCUGAUAGUAAUGUAUCUGAUGGGUUGCAUCUUUUGCUGGAAACAUUUUUGAAUAAAUCUUAUAACAUCCCGAGAUUUGAUCGAAUGCUUAGAUCAUCCUGGUACAUGGAUGAACAUUUUCGUGGAUCUUAUAGCUAUAGAAGUACAACAACUGAAAAGCUAGAUGUAUGGGCUAAAGACUUAGCAGAUCCAAUUUUGACGACUGAUGGCAAACCUAUUAUUCUGUUUGCUGGAGAAGCAACGCACGAUCAUUAUUAUUCUACCGUGCAUGGAGCGGUUGAGACCGGUUUCAGAGAAGCAGAUAGAAUAAUAGACUUCCAUAGAACGUGUGGUUGGUUAAAGCAAGUGAUAAACAACUUCGACAAAAUGGGAAGGAUACUGCGUACUGGAAACCAAACACCAGAAAAGACUAAAAUUGUAAUAGUAGGUGCGGGUAUAGCUGGAUUGGCAGCUGCAAAGACAUUAGAGGAAGCGAAUUUCAAAGAUUAUUUGCUACUUGAAGCUCAGAGCGAAAUUGGUGGCCGAAUCCGAACGAUACCGUGGAAUAAAACUCGAAUAGAAUGUGGUGCGCAGUUUUUGCACGGUGAUCAAAGUCAAUUAGGCGAACUGUGUUACCAGAACGGUUUAAUAUCCGACAUCGACUUCAGAGACGGUCAGGGUAGUUUCAUUCGUAACAACGGAGCCAAGGUGGACGAGGCCUUGGUAGAAGAAAUAGACGAUCUUGUUCGUACUACGUUAGAAGAUUGCGAGAACGAGAAGAAAUAUCUCGAGAAGGGUUUCGAGAAUCUUGGUAACAUUCUGAAGAACGCUUUGAACAUACACCUGCGAGAGAGGGACGAUUGUUCAACGAUAGCGAACAUUAAAAAGGAACUUAUGGAUUGGAACGUUAGAUUUAUCGUGAUCGACAAUUCCUGUCUCACGUUAGAGGAUAUGUCCACGAAAUAUUGGUGCAAAUUCAAGUUCGUCGGAGGUUCCGAGAAUCUUUUGUUUAAAUUAGGGUACGAUUCCCUAACGAAACUUAUUGCUGAUGGUCUAAAUGCAAAGAACUUGCGACUGAACACUACCGUGGACUGUAUCGAAUGGCGCCGUGUUGUCGACAAACAUGUCGUGGCGCCUGUUGUAUUGAAUCUGUCCGACAACACACGAAUUCUCUCCGAUUGCGUCAUAAUCACAAGUUCCCUUGGUUACUUGAAAGACAACUACAAGACCAUGUUCGUUCCGCCGUUACCACAGUUCGUCGGACAGGCGAUCGAAAAUCUUGGAUUCGGUUUAAUUAACAAGAUCUUUCUGGAUUUUGGUAAGGCUUGGUGGAAACGUGACACAAAAGGAUUUCAAUUUCUCUGGCCGGAGAAUACGUCGGGGACUUCGUCGAACGGGAAAGCACAGACCUCGUGGACCAGAGAUCUGACAGGUUUCGAUGUUCUUCCCGACUCUGACGGUGUACUUCUUGGUUGGGUCGGCGGAUGCGGAGCUUACAUCGUGGAGACCCUGAGCGAACAACAGAUAGCGGCUGAUUGCGAGAGGCUGCUUAAACAGUAUCUGAAGAUCGAUGCAAUACCUCCGGUGAUAAAAUGCUUAAGGACAAAAUGGUACUCGAAUCCAUAUAUACGGGGUAGUUACAGUCACAUCCCGACGCGAUGCGACGAUAAAGGAAUAACGCCGGCCACGUUGGCGGAACCGAUAUGCAGUAAAGUAAUAGGGAAUCAUAGCAGUCAGGAUAUGCCCACUAUCAUGUUCGCCGGCGAAGCGACAAGCGAGACUCAUUUUUCCACGACUCACGGCGCCUACGACACCGGUGUACAACAGGCUCGUGUUUUUCUACGGUAUCACGCGUAUCGAGCUGUUGAUUUUUAAGGGGGAU